GCAAAAUGAACGAAGUUUCAAUCUAUUUUUUUUUUUAAGUUUCUAGUUGAAUGUUGCAUUUAAUUUUUUUCUCUUCGUUUAUGAUUAUAUUUUACUGUUUAAACAUUUGAUAUUGUUAACUAAGAAAAUAGCAAAGAAUCUUUGAUUCAAUCUUUCAGUGUGCCAAAAAACUGGUUUAUAAGCGGUGAAAGGAACACCAAGUCUGGAAGUUUUUUUGGUUUGACAAUUUAAUAUUUUUGAUAUACAUUUACUGCCAACAUAAUGCAUUCCGUCAGCACUCUGCUGAUUAUUUUCAGUGUGUUUAUGUUAUCGUCGGCCAAAACCGGUCCAUCGCACAAUAAAGUUGUCGUAUGCUAUGUCUCAACAUGGGCUGUGUAUCGACCAAAUAAUGGGAAAUUUGCGAUUGAAAAUAUUGACCCAAAUCUUUGCACGCAUCUCGUCUACGCAUUUGCCGGUUUAGAUAAAGAUAUAUUUACAAUAAAGUCAAUGGAUCCCUGGCAAGAUUUGAAAGACAAUUACGGAUUAGGUGGUUAUGAACGAAUAACUAACUUACGCCAAUCACAUCCACAUUUGAAAGUGUCAUUGGCGAUAGGAGGUUGGAAUGAAGAUCCACCAAAAUAUUCACGAAUGGCAUCCGAUACAGAUCUUCGUAAGCAAUUUGUAAAAAGUGCAACCGAUUUUGUGUUGCGCUAUAAAUUUGAUGGUCUUGACUUAGAUUGGGAAUUCCCAACCGCACGCGGCGGUCAACCAGUCGAUAAAGAUAAUUUUGUAUUGCUUGUUAAAGAGCUAAAGGAUAGUUUCCGACAACACAAUCUAUUGCUAACAUCAGCAUUUGGUGCAUCGAAAAAAAUCAUUGAUGAAGCAUACGAUAUACCAGCACUAUCGAAAUACCUUGAUUUUAUGCACAUUAUGUGUUACGAUUAUGGCGGUGCGUGGGAUAGACGAGUAUCAGCAAAUGCACCGUUAAAAGGUCAAGGCAUUUUGAAUGUUGAAUACACCAUUGAUUAUUUAAUUAAAUUGGGUGCAUCGCCAACAAAAAUCGUAAUGGGUUUACCGUUUUAUGGUCGAACAUUUGUUGUCAACCAUUUGGAUGGUAAUUUUGGUGAUGCAUCUAAUGAAAUUGGCUUUGAAGGACCGUCAACGAGAGAAAAAGGUUUUAUGGGUUACAAUGAAAUUUGUGCAUUGUUAACGAAUCGCACAUCCGGAUGGCAACAAUCUUAUAAUAUUGAAAUGAGUCAAGCGAUUGCAAAGUAUAAAAACGCAGAGACUGGUGAAAUGCGUAUCGCCAUUUAUGACAGUAGUCGUUCAAUUGCACAGAAAAUAAAAUUUGCAAUGAGCCGUAAUUUGGGUGGCGCAAUGGUGUGGUCAGUGGACACAGAUGAUUUUCGCGGUGAGUGUGAUAUUGAUAAUGACACAUUCAUCGACUUUAAACCAGUUCCCGGUGUCGAUCUGACCAUUCCAAAGAGAUAUAAUGCCAAUUAUCCACUAUUGCGAACCAUAAAUGAAGCGACCGUUUUAGCACUUGAUGAAAUUUCACAAGAAGCACAUUUGCCAGACAAAGAUAAAGAAAAUGAAAUUCCACAUGGUACGAACGGAAAUGACAAGGGAAAUGCUUCAACUUGUAAAAAAUCCAAACAACAUUUUUAUUUUAUCGUUUCUACAGUAGUCUGCAGCAUGUACUUACGCAUUUCACAAUAAUUUUGGAAAUAAUUUUAAGU